CAGGGCAAAAGUUAACUAGCUGCGGGAUUAUCAGCAAAACACUCCAAACCAUGGUAAUCUGUGAGAUCGAGUUCUGCAAUAACCCCCAGGGGAUUUUCUACGCAGGCCAGCUGAUUCGCGGACAGGUGGUAGUCAAGUGCGACAAACCAAAACCAGUUAAAGCUGUGAUUCUCCAAAUCAAAGGAUAUGCCGAAACCCAUUGGGGUGAUACUCAAUACGAUCCGGAGGAUCAGUCGAAUGGUGAAUCAUUCAACGGACAUGUGAACUACCUGGCGACCAAGGCUUAUCUCCACGGGUCUAGUUCGAGCAUAGAGGUGCUUAUUGAACCGGGCACCAGCUCGUAUAGAUUCGCCUGUCAGUUGCCCAUCACAUGUCCCUCCUCGUUCGAGGGAACCCUGGGUCGGAUUCGUUAUCUGGUGAACGUGCGGUUCGUGCGUCCGUGGAAGUUCGACCAGAACUUCAAUCGGUGCUUUACUGUACUCAAAGUGAUGGACUUGAACACCGAAAGUCUAAUGUUGAGGGUACCCAGCCAAGUAGAAUCGCAGCGCACUUUCUGCUGUUUUCCCUGUCGCUCAUCCCCACUAAGUAUGCGACUAUCCAUACCACUCGGUGGUUUUGUGCCAGGACAGACUGUACCGGUAGAGGUGAUGGUCUCGAACGACAGUGGCGUAGCUGUGGAGGAUAUUACUGUGAAACUGGCGAUGGUGGUUAUCUACUACAGUCAACCCCCGAGCGCAGACACCAACAAGGAUCGGUUCGUGAUGGUACAGAAAACAGGAGAGGGAGUUUCAAGCAAAUCUAGCAAGCAACUUACAUUUGAACUAAAAGUGCCACCAACACCACCAACCUGCUUCAAUCUGUGCAGCAUCAUUCAGAUUGGUUAUCAGGUGGAAGCGGAAGCCAGGGUCAAAGGUUGUCACGGAGGUCAAUCACUUCAUAUGCCGAUUACUAUUGGGAGUGUACCGCUAACGAAGCAACUCCAGAAGGAGCCAAGGAUUUGGGGCGAGGACCUACAAACUCAGCAGUUUGAUGUCAAGACUUUGAUUUUGGUGGGGAACGAGCAGUCAGAAGAACCUCGUAGUCCUCCCAAUCCUUGGGCUGCAGAUCCCUCCAUUGCUCCACCGAUUUAUGCCGUAGCCAAGCACAUUUUUCCGGAUCCAGAGAAAGUUUCAAAGGCCAAAAAGAAGACUCAAAAGAAAUCUGUCAAAAGGUCAAAUGCUAAAAUAGGUGAAGAUAUUGUGUUCUCUCCGUUGUACGGUGUCUUUGAUCUGUCAAAUCAAACGGAAGAAAUUAUUGUGAGACCCAACGCAAUGAACGGUGAUGGCGGUUAUGCCAAUGAAGAAGUAGACAAAAGCACUUGGCUUUGA